UGGGCCCUUAGGGCUGCGACCUCACCGAGGCCACCGGCUGUGCGGGGUUCAGCCGGUUGCCCCUGGCACUCCUCCCGGGGGGGGAGGGGGAGGCUUCCAGGAUUUGAUUGAGGGGAACUGGACUGUAGGGCCCCCAAAUCCUUCCCGUGUGACAGUGUGAAGGCCUGGUGUCCUCUUUCUCCUGUUGGAUACGGGUCUGCUAGGCUGUGAGAACACGAGCCACUUACAUGAAAUGGUUUUCUCUGCUGCCGGCUGGGGCCUUAUGUGGUUAGCAGAACCAACCCGUGAGUGAGAUGCAACGUGGAAGGCUGAGAAGUGAAGGAGGGGUGUCAGUCGCGUCAGGGCUGUCUGGCCGUGAGUUCCAUGAAGAUGGAACAGGCAGGGGGCAGGUCGCUGGUGCCUGCGGCAACCGGUGUGUUCAUGGAGGGGGGCGGGCAGUGCGAGGCGAAGAAGUAGAGACUGUGAGUGUAGACCGCUGCUCCUGGGACCUCUGCUAUGCAGAGGUUUAGACAAGUUGGCAGGUGCUGGAGACACGUGCGGGCUCAGGGGCUGGGGGGGGGGGUCUUUGUCCCUGCAGUGAGGGGUGUACAGGUGUGGCUUUCUGAAAGGGAGACCAUCUACUCACAGGGGAGGGGAGUAGAGCUGCCUGAGCAAGAGCAGACGGAGUGAGGUCCUCCAGUGAAGAACUGUGCUUGGCCCAGAGCACAGCUGAGGGCAGGUGGCCGCGCAGCUCAGCCCCAGACAGAGGGAACGCAGGGGGUGUGGUGCCAGGGCGGCAGGACGGUGGGUUGGGAAAGGGGUGAUCCCAGGGCCUUAUCUUUGAGAGUAGAUGUGUUCUCUUAAACGAGAGGAGGGGUUGAGGCCAGGUUUAUGUCCUUCGAGAACUGGGAGGAGAGAUGAUCCAGAUUCGGGGUGCUCCUGAGUGCAGCGCAGUGCCCCAGGCCCUGUGAUGAGGAUGAUGAUAAUGAUGAGGGGCGGCCACUGUUUGUGGCUGUCCUGUUAGGUGCCACAUGCCGGGCUAGGUGCCCCUGCACCUUGUCCCCGGUCCUCGCGGCCCCGAUGGAGACUGGGGCUCCUUGAGGUGCCAGGACCCAGCUGAGGCUCAGGCUGGGGUCGUGCUCCUCCCACUGCACAGCUCUGCCGUGCGCGAGGAGGAGGGACCCCCUCGUCCAGGUGCAAGGACAAGGGGUAGGUGCACUCAGGUCCCCUGCAAUCAUGGGCUGUCUCUCUAUCCCUCGGCGCCUCCUUCUCAGCUAUAGAGCGGGGUGACGAAGCGCUGCCUUACUGGGUUAUGUGAGGAUCGAAUCCUGUGAUGUGUGGAUUGUGCCCACCCCAGUGCCUGGCAUGGAGACGGCGCGUGCGCCCUGGUACCAGUUGUUCCUGCUCUGGUUCCUGGUUUCUCUAGGCCCGGGUCAGGGUCGGGGGGUGUCUGUUGAUGGUGGAGAGCAGUGGGGCAGGAAGGGGUCAGAGGAGAGUGGCGCCCAAAGGGGUCGGGAGGAGACAGCUGCCAGGACCAUGUGCGAUCACAGGGUGCCCCCAGCGCUGAGCUGAGGUUGGAUACCAAGGGUUUGCGCUCAGCAGCCCCAGGGUGGCGAAGCCCAGGGUGUCCCUGUCUGUGCUGGGAGAGGGGUAGAGCCAGCUCACUGAGCCGUCCAGCCGAGGGGCCCCUCGCCAUCUGUGCUCUCCUGGGGCUCAGUGACCUCCGAUGUAGAACUGACCACAGGCUGUCCUGGCCAUGCCUUUCUCUAGCUAUCCCCGCCCUCCUCUCUGAGGUCCCCAACGACUCCAUGUGAUGGACACCUCAUCCUGACCGCCGGCCCCUUCCUUUGUGCCCGUCAGCUGACCGUGUAGUGACAGAGGAGGAGGAGCCAAGGCUCUCCGUUCCCCCACUGUCCAGGUCAGUGGGGUGUCAGGGCACCCCCGGAGGACCCUGGGGAGAGGUCUUGCCCCCAGGUCAUGAGCUUGGAGCGCUGGGCACGAUGCCUGUUGACCUUCGUGGUUCUGUGUCUCCGCAGGCCUGGUGAGGCCCAAGGCGCUCUGCGGAGAUGAAGUUCGGCUGCCUCUCCUUCCGGCAGCCUUAUGCAGGUUUUGUCUUAAACGGGGUCAAGACCCUGGAGACGCGUUGGCGUCCUCUGCUGAGCAGCCACCGGAACCGUACCAUCGCCAUCCACAUUGCUCACAGGGACUGGGAAGACACCGCAUGGAGGGAGCUGCUGGCGGAGAGGCUUGGAAUGACCCCUGCUCAGAUUCAGGCCUUGCUUCUGGAAGGGGAAAAGUAUGGCCGUGGCGUGAUCGCUGGGCUUGUUGACAUUGGGGAAACCGUGCAGUGCCCAGAGGACUUAGCUCCUGAUGAGGUUGUGGCGCUGGAGAAUCAAGCUGUACUGACCAGCCUGAAGCAGAAGUACCUCACUGUGCUUUCAAACCCCAGGUGGUUACUGGAGCCCAUACCCAGGAAAGGCGGAAAGGAUAUCUUCCAGGUAGACAUCCCAGAGCACCUGAUGCCCUUGGGGCAGGACGCCUGGCGAGUGCGGAAGGUUACCGAGAAACCGGCUAAAUCGUGACCCAUCGACUGACCAUCAUGCCGCAGACCUACAAGCCAGGUUCAGUCUGAAUCGGCCCUGCCACUGUGUGCUGUUCGUGGAAACAGGUCUCUCCACUCAGAUGCAGGGGACAGGGCAGCGGGACUUUCCUCGUGAGAUGCCUGUCUGGGCUCGCCAGCAGUCUCCAGGACUUCGACGUUCGGGAUAAAGGGGAAGCGGCCAGUAAGUGUCUUGGUGCCGCCACUACUUGAGUCCUUCUGACUUCCGGGUCGUACAAAGACAUAGGUCUGAAGACGACCGGUUCGUGUUUCCUCCUCUCGUUGUUCUGCUCAGAACUCAUAGGACGUUUGAACAGCAUCCAGGGGACCUUGUGGGAAGGCUGGGAGCAGGCGCUAAAGGGGUGUGCAGGGGUGGCCAGCCACGGGUGCCCCCGUUCACCAUGACGACAGCAUCAGACUGAGACACAGCAUCCGUCUGUUCUUACAAAUGACUCUUGCUCUGUUGUCAAAGCGUCCCUUGGCCCAUGAAGUAUGCGUGUUCGACACAUCCCACAGCUAGCUACUUCAUGGCCAAAGGAAGGAUCCUAAAUACAGCACCGAUGGGAAAAUGAUUAAA